AGACGACACGGAACAGCCAGAAAUUUUCCUCCGUCUCUCUGUCUUUCUCUCGCUCUCUCUGAGUGCCGGCCGGAGAAAGGGUGCGACCAGAGGCCAUCUCCACCGUCCGUUUCUUCCUGGAAGGCGAAGAUGAAUGACGCAGAUGUGUCCAAGCAGAUCCAGCAGAUGGUGCGAUUCAUCCGCCAAGAAGCGGAGGAGAAGGCCAGUGAGAUCUCAAUCUCCGCGGAGGAGGAAUUUAAUAUUGAGAAACUGCAGUUAGUAGAAGCUGAAAAGCGUAAGAUUAGGCAGGAGUAUGAGAAAAAAGAGAAGCAGGUUGAAAUCCGCAAAAAAAUUGAGUAUUCCAUGCAGCUGAAUGCAUCUCGCAUCAAGGUCCUGCAAGCCCAGGAUGAUCUAGUUAACUCCAUGAAAGAAGCAGCAGCAAAGGAGCUUUUGCACGUGAGCCAUAACCACACUGCUUAUGGGAAUCUUCUGAAAGACCUGAUCGUUCAGAGCUUGCUACGAUUAAAAGAACCAGCUGUACUCUUGCGUUGCCGGAAGGCUGAUGUUGAACUGGUUGAGUCAAUUUUACAUUCAGCAAAACAAGAAUAUGUUGAGAAAGCCAAGGUUCAUGCUCCCGAAAUUAUAGUUGACAAUCAAGUUUACCUGCCUCCAGCUCCAAGCCACCAUCAUGCACAUGGUCCUUCCUGUGCUGGUGGCGUGGUGCUGGCUUCUCGUGAUGGAAAGAUUGUAUGUGAAAACACACUUGAUGCAAGGCUGGAUGUUGUAUUUCGACAGAAGCUGCCAGAGAUUCGAAAGCAGCUUUUUGCAAAAAUCACUGCAUGAUGAUGAUGUAGUCGGUUGUGGCUAGUCAGUUGUACGGAAGUACAAGCUCAUGGUAUAGAAGCGAACUCCUCUGCCCCUUGCACCAACACUUCAGUUGGAGGUAUUUUUCCUUUUCUUUUGUUGGGACUACUAUAUUUCGACUUUUGAGGAACUUUCAUGAUGUGUAGAAUUAUUUUAUGAACAAAUUGAGAAAAUAAUGGGAGGUGAAUGUGAUGUUAGUUUUGUAA